UGUAGGACCCGGAAGUAAACGAUCCAACGUGGUUUUGAGUAGCUGAAGUUUGUGAACGGGCAGUUGUAGCUCUUUAAUUAGGCUGUUGGACCAUAUUAUCCUAUUUGCCAACUGCUAAACGAUAUAUACAGCCCUAUUUAUGCAAGUCGUAUUAAUCAAUGAUUCCUUGCUAACGAUUUUUUGUGAAAUAGUUCCGCGUGUCAAACGAACAUUUUGAGAGCUCGUUAUAGCUGAGAGUUACCGCAAUGUCAAAUAUAAAUACAAAUAAAAAACAGCAUACAGCCAAUGGAAAACAUUCGUCGAAAAAGAAUAAUGCAAAGAAGAAAAGGAAAUUUUGGUUUGAAGAAAAACCUAAAAGUAAAAGGCUCGAAUCUGGCAACCACAGAGAAGUGGAACUUCCGAAAGAUGCUGAACAUAUUUCUGCCAACUGGAAAGCAUUACAGGAGAUUUUAAAAAACAGUGAACCGAGCAAGCGACCACUCAAGGGGUCUUCAAAUCAGAGGCAUGUGCUGCACACUAAGAAGACCACAGAAAGUUCAUCUGCCAUUGUUUGCAAAAACAACAUUGGACAGAAGCCUAGAAAAUGUGAGGAGAAGGAGAAACAUGAAAAUGUGUCACACAGCGUUGUCCCUGAAGAUGCACAGGACGGGACCGGAACUGUCAAACAUGCAAGACCACCUAAUGCAUCCAAACGGAAAAGGAAAAAUGGACAGCCAACCAAUGAAAGUAUUAUCAAGAAGAAGAAGAUGAUGGUUGUGGAGAAGAAACCUACAAGUGAUGACUUGUGGUUUGAUGAUGUUGACCCGGAUGACAUUGAGGCUACAAUUGGAGCUGAAGCAGCAGACAUUAUCAGGAAAAGGGAACACAUUCACAUCCAAAGCACAGAGAGUGCCCUUGUAAAGGAGAAAGCUUUUGAUGGUCUCACAAGAGCCGUGGCUAUCGACUGUGAAAUGGUGGGAGUCGGUCCGGACGGGGAAGACAGCAUUUUGGCACGCGUGUCUCUCGUGAACCGUUUCGGAAAAUGCAUUUACGAUAAAUUCGUCAAACCCACGGAGAAGGUGACAGACUACAGGACGGCCGUCAGCGGUAUCCGACCCAAGGACAUAAGAAACGGUGAAGAUGUGAUGAUUGUCCGGAAGGAGGUCGCAGAGAUUGUGCAGGGCAGAAUAAUUGUUGGACAUGCCAUUCACAAUGAUUUAAAGAUUUUACUCUUGGAUCAUCCAAACAAGAAAAUCCGGGACACUCAGAAGUACAAGCCUUUCAGGAGGACAGUGAAGAGUGUUCGACCUUCACUCAAGGUUCUGUGCAAGGAAAUACUUAACGUGAAAGUCCAGCAGGGUGAACAUUCAUCCGUCCAAGAUGCCCAGGCCACCAUGAGGCUGUACACGAUGGUAAAAAAGAAGUGGGAAGCAGAGAUCAAAGCCAGCCACAAUAAAAAAGACUCUGACCAGAAAAUUAUAAAACGGAAGCCCAAGUUGCCAAGGAACACUGGCAGGAAUCCAUUUGGAAAAUGAAGCAUCAAAUAUUUCUGUGGUAUGUUUUUGCCUGAGAUUCGUGGGCAGGGACGGGGGGGGGGAAAAAAUAGAAAAAUUCUAUUUACGUCAUGGCAAGGUCUAGAAAUGUGAUUCCCAUCCCUGCCGAUCUUGUCACGACUAGAGUGUUACUAUGCAUAAGAGACCUUUCAUAACUUGUAAGCUUUUCUCGUUCAACAACAUCACAUUCAGAUCCCCUUUGUUUUGAAUAAACGUCAUGAAUACACCA